AUGUCCCAAAGAUCAUCUUACUUUACCUACUCCUUAAAGUAUUCCAAUGGUGAUGCGGCAUCGCUGCUGUCCACCGUGCUCCCGCCCAUCAACGAAAAGAAAAAGAGAAAGACGAGGGCCUGUGAUGGCUGUGCUGUAAGAAAGACUAAGUGUGAUGACUCAAGGCCAUGUCGACAUUGUGUCAACAACAAUUUGAAUUGUACGGAACGCCGAGAACGCAAGAAGUCGGGCCCAAAGAAUCUUCGCAAGAAAACCAUCGAUUCCAUCCAGUCCAUCUCAAAAGACUCAAACAGUCACAGUCCUGAACAUGAUGAGGCGAUGAGAAGCUCGGAAUCGAGUAUUUUACAGUCAAUUGAUUUUGUUGAGGUUGCUGAGUAUCUCCGAACGAUUCCCCCGGAGAUCAUGGAGAUAGUUUCAGCAUUUACUGCAAGCUCGGUGUCGUCGACAAUCAUCGAAAACGUGACUGAGCUAGGCCGAGCACCAACGCCUACGGCCAACCUUUCGGCACUCAGCAACGACUCGCUACCCUCAGUUAUGUUUCUUUAA